UAGGGCUGAAUUUGUUGCUUUUCAGAGAGGGGCAGUCGGUCUGUACAUGCGUGAGGUGGCGAGAGGCGUGUCCAGGGGGCGGCUAGUAGCGUGUGCCACCGUGGAAAUAUGUACAGACAUAAAGAAGACGCCCUCAAGAAAGAUGUGGUGAAGACAGUGUUAUGCACCACCACACCACCAUUACACUUCCUGUCUUGCUUGGUGAAUGAACAGAGCACCACUAACAUCACAUCAUUGCAUCACCACAUCACCACACCACCACCUCCUGUCCUGCCCCAGUGAAAUAGAACAUCACCACCACAUCACCACAUCAAGAGUCAGUGAUUGCCUGCAGCCAGCCCUAGCCUGACCCGCCAGACAUGUGUCCCAGGCCUUCCCCUAGCCUGUAGAGCCAUGUAAGCCUGCAGGUCAAGGUCAGGUAAAAAAAAACAGAGCCGUAACGUAAAAGAUCAAGACAUUUACGAAGACUGUCUUUGAUGGGCUCAGGUCCUCCGUGCAGACCACCAACAAGCAAGAGAUUGACGAAAUACAGGUUGUGAAGACGCUGCAAGCUGAUGCCUUCAGAGAUCGCGAAGGUCCUCACCUUGUUGUAGGAGAGCUGACAACAUGUACCAGCCAGCAGCAACUCCCAUGCUAACAGGCUUCUCCCCCGCGGGUAUGUAGCACCUCUGGAGUCGCUCGAUGAAGAAGAGGAUGCUGGCGAGGCCUGUCGUGUUAGCCGGGAUGCGCCGGUACAGAGCUGUGUCCGUUGGGGUUGUGUAGGCAAGCAUCUUCUUGGCAAGGUCCUCGUAGGUGGCCGCAAACAGUUUACGGCUGUGGGAUGAGAACUUGUCUUGUGAAUGUGACGUUGGGAGGAGGGAAGCACAGGGGAAGAGGAGGACGAGGAGGAAGAGAGUUAAGAGUCACAAGAGGAGGAGGAAGGUGGAAAGAAAGAGGAAGGAGAGGAGGAGGAGGAGGAGGAGGAAGAUGGAGAAGGAAAGGAGAAAGAUAAGAAGGAAGGAAAUGCCGCAGAAGGAGAAGAUAGAAAUCAAAAACGUCACAAGACAGAAUAGUGAGCUGCAUGCACUUAUCACAGAGUAUAAAGUCACUCCCUCAGAGGAAAAAGACAAGGAUGGCAUGUCUUCAUGUGAGAACUCAGAAGCUAAAUGUACAGAUACCAAGGGGAAAUUGCUGGGUCAAGUGGCUACACUGACAUCUGAGGUUAGCAGGUUGGAGAGUGAGUGCAGCAGUCUUCAGGUUCAGCUAGACUGUGAGAGGGAUAAGUAUAACAAACUGCUGGGAGAAUCUCUUGCUCAUGAAAAGUUGUCUGAAGAUGUCAUAACUGAACCAAAAGGAGAAACAACAGGAUUGGGAGGAACUGAGCUUUAACAGAAGCUGCAACAACUGCAGGAGCCUCACAGGGUCCUGGAGAGCAGGUUAACUUGCAGCAUGAAGGAGGUGGCUGAGCUAAGUGACAGGAAGUAGCAGCUUAAGCAUGCUGUAGUGCAUGAGGAGACAGAGUCCAUCGGUGUAUGCAUGUUUUUUGCUCAUUUGAAUCAUCUGUAAAAGUGAAGUGGAGGAAGUGUUUACUGUUUACUGUAUGCCAUUUCCUUGGUCUUUUAAUGAAGAAUUUUAUCCUUCUUCAGGUGACUACAUCACCAUCUACCAGUUGCAGCGAGGAGUGAUGAAGCAACAAGCUCGAGAACGCGAGUUAGACCUUGCCAGCCUCCAUCAUGAAUGAGAGGAAAUGAAGCAAAACCACUCUGCAGGAUUUGAUAUCAAAGCUGGUGCAGGAAAAGGAAGCAGAUCAUGACCUUCAGCAGCUCUUCGAGAAGAUAAGCAGCGUCCUUAAGAGUCCAGUUGCUAUCUUUAGCAGUGUUGG